AUGAUUGAUCCAGCUACGACCAAAAGCUUGUAUAAGGCUAUCGAAAAGCUGAACCGGCCAUUGGAUCAAGUAGAUCUUCUUAUCCUUUGCAACAGCAACAAGGAGAUCUUCGGAGAAAAGGGUGGGGACAAAAGGAGGAGUGUGCAGAAAUUUUUUGGAAAUAUAAAGAGAAGAAGUGCCAGGACUUACGAACGAAAGCUGCUGGAAUUUGGGAUUCCUCCAAGCGAUGCUACCAGAGCAUGGAUUGCACAAGAAGAUCGAAACCCGUCGCCUGAUUCUGCUACAACCACACUUGGCGAAGAAGUGUCAAUGAAUGGCGGAGAUGGUGGUGGUGGUGACGACGUCUCCGAGAUGACGAAUAUGUUUCAAAACAAUUUCACAGUCAACUCUGCUCCCCAACAACACUCUCCUUAUGCCGUCAACACCCCUCUCAAAAGAGAGUCGCCACCUUCAUCGUCUCCAAUUCAGCAUUCGCCGUAUACUAACAACUCUUUCCAUUCCUCGCCACCACAGACCAUGGUGAACAAUCAACAAGGCAACCUCUUCACGCAGCCUGCUGCCACGGUUCCUCGAACACCACAGAAAUCUACUGGUACCCCCAUCACACAGGGUUCCCCAAACUUCUCGACCAGCUCGGCAUUCUCUUCUCCUGAACAAGCUGCUGGUGUUUCGACUCAAUUUGGCGGAGGUUUUGCAGGUCCACCGGCCCAGACACAGAACCAUCACUUUGGCGGAGGUUUCGGGGGUGCUUCUACCCAGACGCAGAACCGUCACUAUCAUGAAGGAUCCAGAGAGAACCCGGAGGUAAUUUACAUCAACCUGCAGCACCCAGAACGCAAUGGCCGGUUCGACGUCAAGGUGAAUUCAAAAAGGGUAUGCAAUGGUGUCGCUCGGCACUCACUUCACCUGCAAUCUGGAACUGGACCCAAAAACGUUCCGGAUUGGAGUGCAACUCUGGAUAAUUCAAAUCCAGCCAUGUUCGGCCGCGUCAUUCUCGUUCAAGGUCCAUCUCGAGAUUCCUACUACAGCAGCGUGAAAUCUGUACCUUCCCCAGAUGGCUCCGACAUCAAUGAUGCUCAUGCCGAGGCGGACUACGAAAUUGCUUCAGAUCCCACUCGUAAAACAAAGUACUGGAGACUCAUCCUUCCAGAAGGCUGGGAGCUUGACAACUUGGCUUUGUCUGACCACAUGCUCAACAUCAACAAGAAGUUCAUCGUCACCACAGAUGUUGUUGAAGGCUAUGAAUUCAAUCAACUUCUCGUUCAGUGGGAGAUCGCAAAGCGAGAUGGAGCUCGCAUUACUGCUCAGCACAAGAAUGAAAACAUCAGUCUUGGGUCUAUCUUUGGCAAGAAGUAG